UAAUGUACCGUCUUUAACGUAAAAUAACUGGUGUGUGUUGUGUUUCACAUUUCCGCGGGUGCGUGAAUGCACCACAGGUUGAGAAACAGUGGAGGAGAAAUGACGCGUAGAUGCUGAAAUAGUAUCACUUCCUUCAACAACAAACUGCCUUUUCACAGUGAAUUAAGCUCAAGUAUUCACACGUAGCGCUGUGGAGACAACGUUAAGCUAUGAAGUGACGGUGUUGUGCAGUAAACAAUGGAUUCGACGCAAAAGGCCAAAUGCGUGCACAUGCUCACCCACCACAGAGAGCUGCUGGUGUCCAGGCUGAGGAGCAUUCAGUGCAUCCUGGACAACCUGCUGGCCAGCGGCUUCCUCUGUGAAGAGGACGUAGAGAUCGUACGGCGGACUGUCACCAAGAUGGAUCAGGUGCGCAAAAUCUUGGAGCUUGUCCAGUGCAAAGGGGAGGAGGCCUGUGAAUACUUUCUCUUUAUCAUAUACAAAGUAUGUGAUGCAUACAUAGACCUCCAGCCAUGGCUGAAAGAGAUAAACUUCAACCCAAGGAGUCACAUAGCAGCGAUGAAAGUGGUGAACACGGAUCCCAUCAGCAGAUAUAGUGAGAAGCUGAGGCAGGAAAUGAGCCGGGACACCUGUUUCAUCAUGUCUUAUGGACAGCAUGACGAGACUCGUCUGGAGGAUCUUUACACCGACACCCUGAUGGAGCUGUUCAAUGACUGCAAUGAAAGUCUGGGCUUCAUGGAGAGCCUGGACCAGCUCCUGGGAGACCACGCAGUCUUCAAUCCCCAAGGUGAAAUCACCUAUGUGAUGGGGGACGCCGGUGUGGGAAAAUCCAUCCUCCUGCAAAAGCUCCAGAACCUCUGGUCCAAGAAAGAGCUGCAGACGGACGCUGUCUUUUUAUUUAAGUUCCGCUGUAGGAUGUUCAGUGUUUUCAAGAAGACUGAACAGAUUUCCCUCAGAGACCUUCUGUUCAAUUACAACUGCCACCCGGAUCAUGAUCCAGACAAUGAGGUGUUUGAUUACAUCCUACGCUUCCCUGAAAAGGUUCUUUUUACAUUCGAUGGUUAUGAUGAGAUUCAUGAGGAUCUAGACCUGUUGAAUGUGCCGGAAGUUGUGUCGCCAGAACACAAGGCCCACCCUCUCCAGCUGCUUGUGAGCUUGCUCUGUGGAAAACUACUGAAGGGCUCCCAGAAGGUUCUGACAACUCGGACGGGGAUCGAGAUCCAGAGCAGAGUGAUCCGAAAGAAGGUGGCUCUGCGAGGGUUCUCGCCAACUCAUCUGAAGACCUACAUUAACUUGCACUUUCAGGAGCAGGAGCACAGAGAGCUGGUGUCAGUCCAGUUGGAUGCUAGCCCCCACCUCUGCGGCCUUUGCUCCACCCCUCUCUUCAGCUGGAUUGUUUUCAAGAGCUUCAAGCACCUGCACACAAUACAUGAUAGUUUUCAUCUGCCCGAUACAUGCGUCACGCUCACUGACAUCUUCCUCCUGCUCUCCGAGGUGUUUCUCAGCCACUCAACUUCAACCGCUUCGUCUCAGCUGAAGAAAAGCACCCGCUGUGCCUCACAGACGUUCAAAUCGAGGCUCAGGCCUCUCGCUGCUUUUGCCAAACUGGCACUACAGGGUAUGGAGGGCGGCACCUUCAUUUGUGACCAGGAGGAAAUCACCGCAUGUGGUCUCAGAGAGGAGGACCUGUCGCUGGGCUUUCUCAGACCUGUCAGCGAGUAUGACGCCAGAGGAAGCUCUGCAAACUUUGAAUUCCUCCACAUUACCCUGCAGUCUUUCUUGGCGGCGUUUGCUCUUGUGUUGGAUGAGCAGGCUCCAGCUAACUCCAUUCGGAAGUUCUUCACAGAGUGCAGCAGGCAGAGGGAACCCUCCUGCCUGCUCUUUGACUCGUGUAUCAAUAACUCCUCAAAGCACAGUGAAAAGAACCCAUUUGUGACCAAUGAGCACCUUCAGUUCACUAAUCUCUUCCUGUGCGGGCUGCUGUCCAAGGCUCACAAUGACCUCAUGGGGCAUCUGGUUUCCCCUGUGUUACUCAAGAAAAAACGGGCCUUGCUGAAAUCCUACCUGUCCACUAGUGUUAAGUCCCACUUGCAUGGCUUACCCCACUACGCCAGCGAAGGAGGCAACAAAGUCCACGUUCUGCCAAACUUUCUGUGGAUGCUGAGGUGCAUCUUUGAGACCGGGAGCCAAGACAUCGCUCAGAUGACGGCGAAAAGCAUCACAGCGAACUUAAUCAAGCUGGGUCACUGCAAUGUGUACUCGGGGGACUGCACCGCCAUUAACUUUGUCCUGCAACACCAUCAGAAACUCCUGGGUGUCGACAUGGACAACAACAACAUCAGCGAUUAUGGCGUGAAGCAGCUGAAGCCUUCGUUCUGUAAGAUGACAGUCGUGAGAUUGUGCGUCAAUCACCUGUCAGACAGUAGCAUCGAGGUGCUCGCGGAGGAGCUGUGUAAACACAAAGUGGUGGAGGUCUUGGGACUUUACAACAACCACAUCACAGAUGUUGGCGCAAAGCUCGUCGCUCAGAUAGUUGAAGAGUGUCCAAAGUUGCGGGUUCUCAAGAUUGGUAAGAACAACAUCACUAGUGUUGGUGGGAAGUAUCUGGCCAGUGCAAUUCAGAAGAGCAACUCUAUAUUUGAUGUGGGAAUGUGGGGGAACAGCAUCGGUGACGAGGGAGCAGAAGCAUUCGCGAAGGCUUUGCGGCACCACCCCAAUCUCACCAACCUCAGCCUGUCGGCCAAUGGCAUCACAUCGACGGGAGGGAAGUUUCUGGCAGAGGCUCUGAAAGAGAACAGCGUCCUCAGGAUAUUCUGGUUGGUGCAGAAUGAGUUGGCGGAUGACGCGGCCCCACACUUGGCUGAGCUGGUCGAAGCGAACACAGGUUUAAGUCACCUCUGGUUAAUCAACAACAAGUUCACUGCGCACGGGCUCAAACACCUCGCCGAGGCCUUGACUCACAACACAGCACUCAAAGAGAUAUGUGUGAAAGGAAACCAGCUCUCUGCAGAGGAAGAGAAUCAGUUUGAGGCAGAGAAAAGGCUGCGCUUCCACUGACCGGGCCUCUCCUGUCCAACUGGCACAUGUUGAGGACUGUAUCUUGACAUUAUCCUGACACGCGUAUGGCGCUUUACGGUAAAGUGUGUAACAAUUAGUGACAUCUAGUGGUGAGACUGCAUAUUGUAACAAACCUUUCGCCAAGAGAGCCAGGGAACUAGUGGCCUUCGUAAGUUCAGAAAGGAUGUCACGCUCCUCCGUUUGUGUCCUAAGCUUCCACAGGCGUAGAAUCAUGGCGUCACAAGAUGGAGGCCUCUGUAAAGCAAAGCCUGAAGUGCACUCGACAACAGUUUCAACAACCACAUUGCAAAUGUUUUUGCUCCACCUUGAUCUUCACAUUCAAAUCAUAUUACACAUACAGCAGGCACCCGAUUCAUUUAAUUCAAGCCCAUAUGCAAUCACCCAUGUAUUAACACAUUAUUACCACAACAUGUACUUGUUGGGAGACACUUCCUCCUUGUUGAGGUUGUGGAGAGUUUGUGUCCUUAAUCUGUAGCUGUAGUAUUACAGGGGUGUCUGUCCUGAGUUGGAGUUUGGCUGUAAUACUCUCCAUCAAAAAUACAUUUUUUACUCUUACAACAGGCAUAGUUUUUAAGGGGGAACCUGUCAGUGUGUCAGUUUUUAUAUUAGUCCACGUCUCCUCAGUGCCCAUGCGGAGGAAGUGGAAGCAGCUGUGUAGCCUUCACUUCAUCAAAACUCAAAAAUGUCCACUGUGGGCUACUGUAAAAGCAAAAUAGCAGCUUGAUAUAACUAUAAAAGGCAAUUUGUUUAGGGGUAAUGAGGUUAAUUAUUUUAAAAAAUGUGCAUGAUUUCACCUUAAUUUUACACAUUGGUCCUUUUAAAUCAUCAAUCUAUCAGAUUUUUGGAGAAUUAGGUCUUUUUUGUAUACAAUAUCUCAUACAUUUGACUUCAGUUCAUGGAAAAUGGGAGUAAAAUGGAAGCGUGUGGAGGUGAAUGUGUGCAAUCAGUGUCAGGUGUGUUGAUUUGACACAGCUGCCGCUCGUUUGUAAUCAUGCUCACCCUUGAAAUGCAGUGGCAGUGAGUGACUGCUGCACACACGAGGACAAACACACGAGACACGUCCACCAGAGCAGCCAGGACACUCUGAGAGUGUGUGUCUCAAAAAAGGUCCACACUCAGACAAGGAAGAAAGGGAAUUAUACACGUGUUUGUGUGAAGUCUCUGUCACACACUGGACAUUUAAAGACAUUUCCCGUCCUUGUGAUGAACCUGUUCAGUGUCCACUGACACUUUGUUUUCAAACCUGUGUCAGUUUUAAACGACUGCGGUGGGAAAAAAAAGGAAGUGGUAUCAACAGUCGGGCAACUUCCUUCACGACGAGCCUUCGCUCGUGUCCGUUUAUAACAACCCCUUAUUUUGUUCCGUAUGAAUAUUCAGUGUGUCUUAAAAAAAAAGAAGAAGCAAACUUCAAUAUUUAUUUCAAUGUAUUAAAAUAUAUAUUGAACCCACAGCUAGUGGAAUGGUUUGAUGUGGAUGAGUGAAUGAGAGAUGAAACUUGACUAGUCAUGAGAGGUUAUCGGACGCCCUCUUGUGGUGGAAUCACAGAACAACAACAGCAGUCAACAUUACUACAUUAUACACAAGUGUGUGGUAGUACACGGUUAAUACACGAGCACUCAGGAGGCAUUAUUUCAUGAGUAUGUGGUAGUCAUUGUUAUAUUACUACACACACACACCUGUGACUUAUUUGACCUUGUUUUUAAAUGAGUGUGUGAUAGUCGAGUAUGAGUCAUUCCGGCACCCCUAAUGUUUCUUGCCGGUGAGCCCCAGUGGCCUAAUGGAUAAGGCACUGGCCUCCUAAGCCAGGGAUUGUGGGUUCGAGUCCCAUCUGGGGUGAAAGGUUUUGGGCAGCCCUGGUGCCCCUGAGCCCCCUUUGUUCUCUGGGGGCAGAUUAGUGCCCUGUGUGUGUUUGAAGGAUUAGUUAAUUCUGUGUGUGUGUGUGAGAAAAUGACAGAUAAGUACCUGGGAGUCAUGUUACAUGAGAACGUGUUAGUCAUGAUAGUUUUUAUUUUGGAUCAUUAUUUAAUUUGUAUUAGUGCAUGAGCACCAUUACUGCAUUAAACACAAGUGUGUUUAUGUGGAAGUCAUUACUACGCUGUUACAUGAGAAUGCAGAAGUUAUUAAAAGUUAUUGCUUCAUACUAAUAAAUGGGCCCAUCAUUCUUUAUUGAUCAUACGUACAGUGCUUGACAAAUGUAAGGUUUAUGCCACAGCAUUGGUAUUUAUCCAAAUCAUUAUUUGAUGUUUCUGUAACAGUUCAUAUCACCAGUAUGUGGAAGCUCUUUAACCAAACUGAUAUUUUCUUAGUUUUUUAAUGCUGAAAUAGAAUUAUUAUUAUUAUCAUCCAUGAAUUUUCAAAUUGACUGGUUUACAAAAAAAACCCAAUAAAGCACAUGAUUCUUUCUUAA